GAAACGUCGUCGUUUGUUCCAUACAGAGAGACGGGUGUUAUUCGGUUUUUAGAGAGCUUUGAAACUUGGUUUGGAGCUUAGCAUUUAAAUGGCGGUCGUCGUCUCCAUCCACCGUCCUUAUGCAACCCUCACUUUCUCUGAAAGUCCUAAUCUUCUUAAACCUCACCACGAAUUCAACAAUUCCUGCCUGAGAUUUGAUCAUUUUCCUCGGAACACCAAGAAUCAGCUCCGUUGCUUAUCUGCGAAAUCGACGCCAUCGAAACCAGACCCUGAAUCUCCUCAAGAUGGGGAAGAGCUGGAGAGUGUGGGAGUCAAAGCAGCUUUAGCAAUGCUGAGAUUCUACAAGAGAGAGAUAUCGCCGGUGUUACCUAGAAGCUGCCGUUACGUUCCGACUUGCAGUGAAUACUCAAUGGAAGCUUACAAGAAAUAUGGAGUUCUCAAAGGCACUGUUCUCACCACUUGGCGUCUCUGCCGCUGCAAUCCUCUUGGUGGAUCUGGAUUCGAUCCUCCAAGAUGGUUUGGUGAGAGUGAGAUCAAGCUCCAAGAAGGAGAAGAAGAAGAAGAUAACUAUGACGACGAAAGGUUUUAGAUAGAGUUAUUUUUUAAAAAACAGUAGAAGUUGUA